AUGCCAAUCCCUCAGCACCUCUUGGACAGCCUGCGCAGGGGGCACAGACAGGAAUUGGAGGCAUCUGGUGGCGGUCCGGACGAGCCCAUCCAGGGAGUGGUGAGGGUGGUGCAGCUGGACCACCGCGCUUUGGCCCAGUCGGGACUCUUCAGACGGGGACUGAGCUCCAGGAGGGCCCCCUCUCUGAGCUCCAGGCCUGCCCUCCCCGCCUUCCUCUCUCAGGGGCGCCCGGGUCCAGCUGUGGCCCCCAAGCUUCCAAUGCAUCCAGUGAACCACCUGCACCCAAAGGUCUCACCCAGUGUGGACAUGAGGAGGAGGCAGGGGCUGCAGAUGUGGCAGAAAGUGAUUGAGAAAGGAGACAAGCAAAAAGUGGUCCUGCCGAGUGCCCUGAAGGACUCCAAACAGACAUGUACUGCAGUCCCUUUUAAUCAGAAAGUGACCGAGGAGGGUUGCGAACCUGUGACAGUCUACAACAAACUGUGCUUCGGACAGUGCAAUUCUAUGUUCAUCCCAGAGGUGGAGCUCUCGAGUGGAGCGCCCCAUCACCAGAGGACCCCCUGCUCCCGCUGUGCCCCGUCCAAAGCCCGCACCCGCACUGUCCCUCUGCACUGUGGAGCCCGCGGGGUCAGGGAGAAGACGGUGAUGGUGGUGGAGGAGUGCAAAUGUGAAACAGGACGAGAGGAGAGGAGCACUGUGGGGUCGCUGCAUCUGUGA